AUGCCCCAUCCUCUAGCACCCCACCCUCUUGCGUCCCCCCCUCUGGCUUCCCACCCGCUCACUCGUCCUCUGCCCAACACAACAAGCCACCUCACAGACCCCACCUACAGGAGCACUGUAUCAGCAGCACAGUCCCACCUCCCCCAGUCUGACUCGGGCGAUGUUUCAGCCGCAGCAGCUGUGGAAAGUGCUGCUGCAUUAGCAGCUAUUGAAGCGCCUCGAAGAUCGCCAGCAGAGGAUUUGAGGGAGGCAGAGGCAGCAGAGGCAGAGAGGGAGCGGCAGGCGAGGAUAAGCGAGCAGUUCGUGGCUCCCUCCUGCGCCAUCUGUCAGAAGCUCCUCCUUCUCAUGGAUGGCCAUUACUGGAAUGCCACUCAGGCUGCUGAUCCCGGCGCUGCUACUGCGUUCUCCGUGCGGUUACUGUGUGACCGCACGAGGAGGAGGCACAGGAGGCGGCGGCAUAUGAUGUGCAGUUUGGAGGGGUCCGGGGAUGAGGGGUCGGGGAGUGAGGAGGAUGGGGAGGGAGAGGGGGAUGGGGAGGUUGGGAGUGAUAGUGACGAGUCGUCGUGCUCCAUUGGCGCGUACAUUGAAGAACUGGAGGGCAUUCGCGUGCUGCUUGUGGAGGACAACGUGGCGAAUCGCAUCGCGACACAUCAGCUGCUCCUGUCCCUGCACUGCCACGUCACCCUAGCCGCCAGCACACAGGAGUGCCUGUCAAUCCUCUCGGGCAGCAGGAAGAGCCCGUCAGCCUCCCCCAUUGCAGACAUCGUCCUUUUGGAUAUCUGCAUGCCGGAUGUGGAUGGGCUGGAAGCUGCCCGCUGCAUACACAAGAUGUUCCGUCCUGAUAACCGGCCAUUUAUUGUUGGCAUCACUGCAAGAACGGAUGAGGCUCUUGUGGCGGCAUGUGGGAUGGUGGGAAUGGAUGAGAAGAAGAAGGAGGAGGAGGCGAGGAGGGAGAAGGAGCUGAACGAUCUCUUCAGAGUCGCCAUCUCUCAGCCCAAGGUCCCGCCAGGCGUGGACCCCAAGUCGAUUGUCUGCGAGUUCUUCCGCCACGGGCAGUGCACCAAGGGCUUUAAGUGCAAGUUCUCGCACGACCUGAGCGUGGAGCGCAAGGGCGAGAAGAUCGACCUGUACAGCGACCAGCGGGAAAAUGAUGAAGACAAGAUGGAGGACUGGGAUCAGGCGAAGCUGGAGCAGGUGGUGGCGUCUAAGGGCGCGGAGUACAAGAACGCCAACAAGCCCACCGAGAUUGUAUGUAAGCAUUUCUUAGAAGCCGUGGAGAAGAAGCAGUAUGGGUGGUUCUGGGCGUGCCCCAACGGCGGCAAGGACUGCAUGUACCGCCACGCUCUGCCGCCCGGCUACGUGCUCAAGUCGCAGAUGAAGGCUCUGCUGGAGGAGGAGCAGGCGAACAAGCUCACCGUUGAGGAGAUGAUCGAAAACGAGCGCAAGAUGACAGCAAGUCACACACAGCUGACCACCGAGAUCUUCAUGGAGUGGAAGCGGAAGAAGCAGGAGGUGAAGGACGCUGAGCAGGCAGCCAAGAAGGCAGCACGCGCCAAGGAGGACAGAAUGAGUGGUCGCGAGCUGUUUCUUGGUCGCGAGCUGUUUCUGUCUGAUGCAUCUCUGUUUGUCGACGACGUUUCAGCAUGCGAUGCGUACGAGCGAGUGGAGGAAGAGGAAGGGGCCGCAGCUCCCCCUGCUGCCACUCCAUUGUUUCUGUCCGAUGCGUCUCUCUUUAUCGACGACGAUGCGGCAUGUGAUGCGUACGAGCGAGUGGAGGAGGAGGAAGGGGCCGCAGCUCCCCCUGCUGCCACUCCAGGCGAAUCCAGCAGCAGCGGUGGGGCAGGUGCAGGGCCUAGCUCAGCAGGAGGGGCGGCUGGUUCAUCUGGGCUUGCUCUCACGGAGGAGGAUGAGAUGCUGUUGGCUGAGGACGAUGAUGAGCUGGCACCGGAGGAGCUGGAGGAGCUGGAAGCUGAGCUGGCGAAAACAUCAAUCUCUUGA